UGACUUUGUGAUUGGAUAAACCGAGGGGUUUGGGGGAGGCUGAAGUCUUAAAUUAUAUAUAUGCAUGUACUUUUGGUAGCUAAGGAAGUAUGAAUUCUAUGUUUUUUUUUUUCCCCACUUUUUUGGCUGAGAAAACUUCUUCAAUGAAUUCAACUUUUCUACUGAUUUGGGGAUUAUGACUUUUGAAGUUAGGUGUUCUCUUGUACUGUUGUUAAUUUCUAAGCAGUUUAAAAAAUCAAACGUUGGUUGUGUGACUGUUUGGGAGGCCGUUGAAGCGAGAAAUUAUUUUGUACCUCCGGGCGGAUAAGCACAAAAUUUUGGUGCCCUGAAUCAGUGAGUUUAAUCAUAUUUAUAAGAUGUAUUUUGACUAACAAAAAUACUGACCUAAUUGUAUUUACUAUUAACAUGUGGCAACAAAUCAUUGGUUCAAAUCACCAAGGUUUUGUGCUGACGUGGUGCCUUGGAGGCACAAAAUAAAUUUUCCAAUGAAGCCAGCGAGUGGCCUGUGCUCAGAUAUAUCAAGAUCAAGUUCAUAUGAUGGUGGGAAGAAAGAUGCUAAAAUCGUAAAUCAAUCUUCUGCAUCAAAUGAGUUGAAUCAGAAUGAGGUUACUAAAGAUGGAGGGACUGGGAAUGUUAAGGCAAGGACAUUUACUUUUGACCAAUUGGUGGUUGCAACAGAGAACUUCAAGUCUUCUAACUUUUUGGGUGAGGGAGGUUUUGGCAAGGUUUUUAAAGGAAAAUUGGAGGAUACAGGACAGAUUGUUGCUAUCAAGCAACUUGACCGUAAUGGAGUACAAGGGAUUAGAGAAUUUGUUGUUGAGGUAUUGACACUAAGUUUGGCGGAUCAUCCUAAUCUUGUUAAGUUACUUGGCUAUUGUGCUGAGGGAGAUCAACGGCUCUUGGUAUAUGAGUACAUGCCAUUAGGAUCUCUGGAAGACCAUUUGCAUGGAAGUCGAACUAAGAGAAAAAAAAUUGAUUGGAAUACUAGAAUGAAGAUAGCUGCUGGUGCAGCCAGGGGCUUGGAGUAUUUGCAUGACAAGAUGAAGCCCCCUGUUAUAUAUCGUGAUUUGAAAUGCUCAAAUAUUCUGCUUGAUGAGGGCUAUCAUCCCAAGCUAUCUGACUUUGGAUUGGCCAAAGUGGGUCCUGUUGGAGAUAAGACUCACGUUUCCACCAGGGUGAUGGGCACGUAUGGGUACUGUGCACCUGAUUAUGCAAUGACUGGUCAGCUGACAUUUAAAUCAGAUAUUUACAGCUUCGGGGUUGUCCUUCUGGAAAUCAUCACAGGCAGAAAAGCAAUUGAUAAUACAAGAUCUCCCGCUGAGCAAAAUCUGGUUGCAUGGGCACGGCCGCUGUUCAAAGACAGGAGAAAAUUCUCCGAGAUGGCCGACCCUAUGCUCGAAGGUCAGUAUCCCGUGAGAGGCCUGUACCAAGCUCUUGCCAUUUGUGCGAUGUGCGUUCAAGAGAAGCCCACCUUGAGGCCCCUUAUCGCAGACAUUGUUACUGCUCUGAAUUACCUCGCAUCCCAAACAUUCAAGCCCCAGCCCCCCUCAGACCAAAGCUCCCUAAAGGCCUCAUCUUCUCGCAAAUUCAAAGAAAAUUCUGAGUUAGGACUGGAGAGAACGAAGGAGGAGGACUGAUUUGCGUAGAAGACUCUUUUGUCCCUCACCGUGCUUCAUUGUGAUGCGCCUCGUUAUUGAUUUUCCUUAACACAAAAGGAUAGCAGGUGCUGCUUUCAUGUUCUUCUGGGGUAUAGUCGUCUCUUUUGAUGGAAAACUAGAGGGAAAUUCUGCCAAUUUUUUUGCUUGAUCUCUUCAUGUACAUGUGGGCUGUUUGGUUAAUACAUCUAAGAUGCCUCCUUUUGGGAAAAGGUUUCCUUGUACACAUAGCCUGGUUGACACACGCGCGCGCGCACACAUAUUAAUAAAAGAUCAAAUGCUCUGCUUUUUGCUUCUGGUUCUA